CCUCAGAAUAUGGAAUCUGAAAAUACGGAAUCCGAAAAUAUGGAAAUUGAAACCAUUUCCUCAGUUUCAGCUCUGCAGGCUCUCUCUAAGCUGCUUUAUCCAGAAGAGGAUGACUUUGAGUCCGGACAGUCAAAUAGUUCAUCUGCAAUGGGAGCCAUGGGUUCUGGGAAAUUUGGACCUCCAAAAAGGGAAGCACUUAAAUUCAUCCCUCAAACAAGUGAUGAAAAUAGUGAGCACAUCUGGAAUCCAGAGGAGGUUCCAGAAGGGGCAGAGUACCAUGAUGUGUGGGAUAUUAGAGAAACACCAGAAUAUGAAGUUGUGUUCAAACAGCAGGUGGGAACAGAAGAUAUGUUCCUGGGAUUGACCAGAAAGGAUCCUUCAGCUGCGUGCUGUAAGGAUCUAGUGAUUAAAAUUAAACUGCCAAAUACGAACCUUUCUGAAAUUGAAAUCAACAUUCAGGAAAUGAUCUUUGACCUCCGUACUCCUAAUAAGAAACUGUUGGUAACCCUUCCCCAUCCUGUGGAAUGCAGCAAUGCCAAAGCUUUCUAUAUCGUUGAAACUGAGACUCUCGAGGUCACCAUGACUAUGAAACAAGAGUUGGAUUUUAUUAAUUUCUUCUGA